AUGAGUAAUAAAUCUUCGACUGGUAAAGUAUUAAGUUUUUCAGGACAUGAAUAUUUAAGACAAAGACUUAUCCUUGCCACAUUAAGUGGUAAAAUUGUUAAAAUUAUUAAAAUCAGAUCUGAAAAUGAUAAUCCUGGAUUGAGAGAUUUCGAAGCAAGCUUUCUAAGAUUACUUGAAAAAGUAACAAACGGUUCAACCAUUGACAUUAAUUAUGCUGGUACAACUAUAUUGUAUAAACCAGGAGUUAUAACAGGAGGAAAAAUCUAUCAUGAUUGUGGUACAUCACGAGCAAUUGGAUACUUCUUGGAACCAUUAAUUGUAUUAGCACCAUUUGGUAAACAACCAUUUGAUUUGACAUUCAAUGGCAUAACUAAUGAUAACGUUGACACAUCCAUGGACAGCAUAAGAACAGUAACUUUAUUACAAUUAAGAAGAUUCGGUAUCGAGGAAGGACUCGAGUUGAAGAUCACAAAACGUGGAUCGGCACCAUUGGGAGGAGGAGAAAUUAAUUUUAAAUGUCCUAUAGUAAGGACAUUAAAACCGAUUCAAUUUACAGAUGAGGGACGAAUAAAACGUAUUCGUGGUAUAGCAUGUUGUACUCGAGUAUCGCCACAAAAUGCUAAUAGAUUAGUUGAUUCAGCUAGAUCUGUGUUGAACAGAUAUAUACCCGAUGUAUAUAUUUAUACCGACGUAUAUAAAGGUGAAGAAUCUGGUAAAUCACCGGGAUUUGCUCUAAGUUUAGUAGCUGAAUCUACCACAGGAGCUUUAUAUUCCGCCGAACAGGCUGCUUUGCCCGGUGAAACACCUGAAGAUAUCGGUAGUAAAACUGCCAAAUUACUAUUAAAUGAGUUAAGCAAAGGUGGUUGUGUGGAUUCAUUAAAUCAAUGGUUAACCCUAUUAUUAAUGGUACUCGGUCCUGAAGAUGUAUCAAAGAUUCGUGUUGGAAAAUUAACAGCUUUCACGAUACAAUAUUUGAGAGAUUUAAGAGAUUUUUUUGCCGUCACUUUUAAAAUUAAAUCUGAUUCCACAAAUAAUACAUUAUUAAUGGCUUGCGUUGGUGUUGGUUAUGUUAAUUAUAGUAAGAAAACAAAUUAA